UCAGAUGGUUCAAAGUACAGCUUCGGAGCUUCGUUUGUCAGAGAACACGUGGCACUUCGUUCAGCACCUCUCUGUCAAAGCACCGUGAAACCAUUGCGACGCGUGUGACGCUGGCGGCGUUUAUACCCUUUCUCCAAAAUCUCAUCUUUCUUCUUUUUCUUCUUCUUCUCCGUCGUCGUCUUAGUAUCUUUUAACCGAUCGUUUUGCCGGAAGACGAAAGAUUGAAGUAACAUGAAAAGAGUUUCUUUGGGUGCGCGUAAGAAACACAAGAUGAACAAGAACAUAAGAUUCCUGAAGAGUAUCGUGGCUUACCUCAAAUCCGAUGAUUACAUGUUCGCUCCUCUGUUUUCCAAUUCCCCACCGUCCACGACCGAGAUAAAUACGCCUCCGUCGUCGAGUUCGAAGACGGACAACAUCUCUCUGACAGGGUUUGAGUCAUUGGGGUAUGAGAGGGUAAUUAAGAAGAAGAAGAAGAGAACACUGUCUGAGAAAGUUAAGAGAUAUCUAAAAUCUGAUUGUCACAUGUACGGACCAGUGAUCUCACCUCCAAAGCUUGGUUCUGCUUCACUUAAAGGGAAAUUGCAAAUAACAAAUUUGGUUACGAUGGAAGUAUCAACGAGUAAUACAACCAUGAAGGAAGAUAACAGCAAUUAUAGGAAUCUCCGGUCAGAUAUUGUAGAGCAGGCAUUGCAUAAUGGAAGGAUCAACUCUCCAAAACGAGGAGUGGUUAGCUUAGAAGGACAACGAGGUGGACUAAGCCGUGAAACAGAUCUUUCAUCAGCUUUUUCCUCUCUACCAGAGGAAAAGAUGGUGAAGCCAGAUCAAAGGAGAGUUACAAUUGAGUGAAGAAGGUAAUGUAGACAUAAUUGACAAUGUAAACAUUGUAAAAUACUAUUUAGUUAGAUACAAUAGUUAAAGGAGCAGCUAUGAGAGAAGAAGAAGAAGAAUAGGUUCUGUGUGAUUGAAGAACCUUUUGUUGUCGAUAGGCCUUUAGGAAGUGAUGUAUGAAUGAGGAUGACAAAGAUGUGUGUCUGUCUGAACAUAUUGCCAUGUUAGCUUGUCUGGUCUGGACGAGUAUAUCAAAUAAACUGUUACAACUGAGCAAGAGCUCCUAAUAAGCCUUUUUAGCUAGUUAACCAUUGGAAGGUUUUAUUUCUU